GUAAAAUAAAAUAAAAUUAAACCAGUACCUUCUCAGUUAUCCAGAAGGUUUUGAUUUGGUUUUCCUUAACAUCCUUCGUCGCCGGAAUUUGACGACUAAUAUCAGACUUCAUCAGCUUACGUCGAUCUACGUACGACGGCUAUGACGAUGACGUCGAUCAUCAGAUCCAGUCCUACUCUCGCUUUCAUCGUCUUACAGAUUUGCUUCAUCUUCUUUGCUUCCACUUUCCCUUGCUCUUCUGGGUCUGAGGAUAGUUACACCAUUACUGGUAGAGUCAAGAUUCCACCAAGCAACGUGAUUGGUCACAUAGCAAAGUUCUCAAAUGUCAAAGUUAUACUCAAUGGUGGACAGAAGAUUACGUUUCUCAGGCCUGAUGGAUACUUUACUUUUCAUGAAGUGCCUGCUGGGACUCAUUUGAUUGAAGUAUCAGCAAUGGGUUACUUCUUUUCUCCGGUACGAGUAGAUGUUAGUGCUCGGCAUCGUGGCAAGGUUCAAGCAACACUAACAGAAACCAGGAGGAGUCUUACUGAGCUGGUUUUGGAGCCAUUGAAGGAAGAGCAAUAUUAUGAGAUUCGAGAGCCUUUCAACAUUAUGUCGAUCGUGAAAAGUCCAAUGGGUCUCAUGGUGGGAUUCAUGGUCGUUGUUGUGUUCCUAAUGCCCAAAUUAAUGGAAAACAUAGAUCCAGAGGAGAUGAAGCAAGCACAAGAGGAAAUGAGGAGACAAGGCGUGCCUUCGCUCACAAGCUUGUUACCAGGCGCUGGGGCUAGCCGCUAAGAGUUCCUCGGUUAACUCAAUGUAUCACAAAAGGAAUGAAGAGAGAUUUCUCAGUGAUCUGAGUGAGUUUGGUUGUUCAUCUGCAAGUGAUGAUUUAUUAAAGUUCUCCUUUUGAGUAUCUGAUAUGUAUAGUCAACUUGUUUCUAAAACCAGAAAUGGUCAUCUUAUUGUUUGUCCUCGACGUCAACUUGUGCUUAUGAUAUGUAACAUUAUUUUAUUUUUUUAUUUUGGCUUUGAAAUAUUAAACUUGGGAACAAGGAGAGCUCGUUUGGUAUCUUUCUAAUCGGGUGUAACAUCAUGUUUCAUCUAUAUAGAAAAAGUUUUAUACAUUCUCACUUUUAACAUUUUGAUACUAUUAUAAAUAUUUU